CUCCGGAAGACUUUCAUUGGCUUGACUCGUCCAAGUCGUCGCUCUUCUUUUUCCCUUUCUGUGCCGACACAAAAGCGGACAUAUCCGCGAAAUUACAGGCGAAAGCGCAUUGCCAUUCUCCUGCCUCUGGCGAUUCGCUAUUUCCUCUCGAGGACUCCCAGAUCAGAUUCAGAAAGAAGACUACUACAUCUCGCUCAGAUCACAUCCGGUCAAGAUUUUGAGCUCCUAAAGGAGGAUGAAGUGAAAGUGGGACUCACCUGGCCCAUCGACGAUGUCUGCCUCUGUCGAUGACGGUGAUUCGUCCUCGGGGGCUGAAUUCGAGGUGUUCUUGAAUUUCAGAGGCCCCGACACCCGCCUCACCUUCACCGAUUCCCUCUAUCACAUCCUAGUUAAAGCUGGGAUUCAUGUUUUCAGAGACAACGAAGAGAUCCGACAGGGCGAAAAGAUUGGAGACAAGCUUUUGCAUGCCAUCAAAUCCUCCAAAAUAUACGUGCCCAUCUUCUCUAAGAACUACGCAUCCAGUAGGUGGUGUCUUCGUGAGCUCACCCACGUGGUGGAUUGCCAGAGCAAAGCGAAAGAUAAAAUGAUCCUACCUAUUUUCUUUGAUGUGGAUCCCGAGGAUGUGAAGCUCGAAACUAAAUUGUACCUCGAUGCUCUGGGGGAGCACGAGGAGCAGUUCGGCCACGAGGUUCCGCAGUGGAAGGAGGCUCUGAUCGAGGUCGCAAAAAUCAGGGGAUUGGGCUUGAAGAACAGAGGCCACGGUGAAAUCAUCAACGCUAUCGUAAACAAGGUUAUGACCAAGCUAAUGAAAAGAAGGAGAAAUUUACCUGAUUAUUUAGUCGGAAUUCAUGAUCAAGUGGAAGCUAUUAUGGGCUUGUUAAACGAAGGUUCUCAUGAUAUCCGUUACCUAGUCAUCCAUGGAAUGGGCGGUAUCGGUAAAACAACACUCGCAAGUGCCAUCUUUAAUCGAAUCUCCGAUCAAUUUGAUGGCUAUAGCUUCCUCUCGGAUGUUCGCGAAUCUGCACAGCGUGGUAGAAUUAUUGACUUGCAAAAGCAGUUGUUGUCAGAAAUUUUCCAAGGUCAAUCUCCAGAGAUCCAUUCCAUUGAUGCAGGGAUUGAGAUAAUUAAAAAAAGGUGUUGGCAGAAGAACGUCCUGCUUGUUCUUGAUGACGUGGAUGAGAAGAACCAGCUCUCUACACUAGCGGGAAACAGUAAUUGCUUCGGUCCAAAGAGCAAAAUCAUCAUUACAACAAGGGACAUCAACUUUUUGCCAAUAAAAGAGAAGGAGUUUUUGCCAAUCAAAGAGAAUGAGGAGGAGAGUAGUUUCCAAGCACAUUCUAAAGAAUUUGAAAUCUAUGAAAUGAAAGAAAUGGAUUCUUCUUAUGCUCUUGAGCUUUUUAGCCAACAUGCUUUAGGGAUGAAUUUCCCACCACCUCACUAUGAAGAUAUCUCACGCAAAAUUACCAACAAAACAAGUGGACUUCCGUUAGCUUUGGAGAUUGUUGGUUCCUCACUUUUUGGCAAAAGUAGAGCGAUUUGGAAAGAGACAUUGAAGAAAUUAGAUUCAGUGCCCAAGCAGGAAGUCUUCGUUAGACUAAAGAUUAGUUAUGACAUGUUAGAAGAUGCUCAAAAAGAGAUCUUUCUUGACAUCGCAUGUUACUUCAUUGGACAUAAAAGACUCCUCCCAUACUAUAUGUGGAAAGCUUCUGGCUAUUUCCCAAAGAGUGGUCUACUUUUCCUUUCUCGUAUGUCUUUGAUAAAGAUAGAUGAAGAUGAUACGCUAUGGAUGCAUGACCAACUUAGAGAUUUUGGAAGAGAAAUCAUUCGACUUGAAGACAAAGAUCCCGGAAAGCGUAGCAGGUUGUGGAUGCCUGACAAUGCCUUGAAUGUGGUUCAGCGGAAAGAGGCAUCAGAGAAAAUCGUAGCCCUCAGACUAACAAUACUCUCCGAAGUACAGAAUUUCACGAGUGAAGAAUUUUCAAAGCUACCCAACUUAAGAUUCAUGGAACUAGAUGGUGGGAACUUGACAGGGGACUUUAAAAAUCUUCUCUCCAAAUUAACAUGGUUCUCUUGGAGCAGUUGCCCCUCGAAAUUAGAAGCAAAGAACUUAUGUCUUGAGAAACUAGCCGUGCUCGAGCUUUCAACAAUUGGCUCCGGAGAUUGGGUGGGAUGGGAGCAAUGCACGGUACAACAUUACAGCAAGCGGUUUACUUUAUUUGGCAUUUGUCGCUCUAACCAAACUUAUUCAUUUACCUUUCUUGACUUGUCUGAUCAUUGGUUUGUUAUUUUUAGGUGAGCAAUAACUUGAAAGUUAUACACAUCAUUCCUAGCAUGAAAUUUGAAAGGAUUCCUGACCUCUCGAAAUGCGAGAAUUUGAAAAGAUUGGUUCUUCGAAAUUGUCCAACCAUGCCAAUGAUUGAUGGCUCUCUCUCUAAACUGAAGCACCUAAAGCACUUGGAAAUCAAAGGUUUGUCGAAAAGCGAAAAAUGCAACUUCUUACCUUCCACAUUUGGUGGUCUAAGUUCCCUAUCAACGCUAGACAUAGAAGGUUUGAAUGUUGAAGAAAUUCAUCAUUCCAUUGGAGAGAUGAUGCAUUUGAAGUAUUUGUCUUUGAGUCAGUGUGUGUUUAGAAAAGUUCCAGACUCCAUUGGAAAAUUGAAAUUAUUGGUUGAAUUGAACUUGUGUGGAAUGAAAAUCACAGAAUUGCCACAUUGUAUCGGAGAUCUUAAAAAGUUGACAAAGUUG